AUGUCCGCUUCGAGCUACCAGGCAGACGAGGGUGGCCCAUUCCAAGUCAUCUAUCUUACCGACUACGACACCGGAUCUACCUACUCUGCCCUGGAGGCUAUAGCUUCAAUGCUGAGAUGUGGCGAACCAGCGAUGGGUGCUACAACAUUGAUUUCCAAGGCGGCCUCGGUGCUGGACAUGGUUACUGUUGUGGCUCUCUGCCUUACACCGUGCAAAGUUGCAUACAUGCUUCCACCAGCAGUAGCCCAAGCAGCGCCCUGGAAGCGCAAGGAGGCCUGUCUAUUAGAGCAAUGA